UAAUCUGUACGGGCUCUAGUAAGUCACUAAGUCAAGCCGAGGCGAGAUCCGACUUUAUCGGUUCCGGAUCACCCAAUUCCCAAAUCCCGCUAAUCCCUCCGAUUCUCGCCUAGGUCAACCCACCGCCAUCUCUGCCAUGUAUAUCCACCGUAACCCUUCCACAAACUCUCCAUCUUCCUCCACCUCCUCCUCGUCCACCACCCGCUUCCAACCUCCUCCCUCCACUGCUACCACCGAAAACGAUCCGAUGCACUCUUGGUGGGAAUCCGUUUCCAAACAACGGGCCAGCAUCCUUUCCCUUGCCGCUCUCCUCCCUGCCGGUGGAGCCACCAUUUCUUCCUUGGCCGAUUCCGACCGACCCGCUGUUUCUCUCCUCUCGUCUCCCUCCGCUUACUCUCUGAUUACCUCGGCCUUGUCUUCUCCGACCUCGGGCUCUGGCUCCGACCUGCUCUGCCAGUGGCUCUACGAAACUUUCCAAUCCUCCGAUCCUCAACUCCGCCUUCUCGUCCUCUCUUUUCUACCUCUUCUUUCCGGCAUCUACCUUUCCCGUAUCCACUCAUCGGAUUCUUCUUCUCUGACGUCGCUCGCCGGAUUUGAAGCUGUUCUACUCGCCGUUUACUCUUCCGAAGUCAAAUCCCGGGACGGGAAACCGCUUCUCGUCCAAAUUCCCGACCUGUCUCAACCGUCUCUUUACCACACUCCUCGUAACAAGCCCGUUGACGACAGAUCUAGACAAUCUGUCGGCGUUUUAUCAGCUCCACUCGAGCCACAUUUAGCCGUUAAGUCAACUAAACGAGCUAUCAUCGUUGGAACGACGCUUGAUUGCUAUUACAAGCAAGUUUCGCAAAUGCCGGCUUGGUCUAAAUUGGAUUUCUGCAAAUUCGCCGCCGCUUGGGCAGGGCAAGAUUGUCCUUGCAGAACAAAAUUCGACCGGGAUGAGAAUGAUCAACAUGGAAACGGUAACGUAAACGGAAACAGUUAUGAGCACAUUUCUAGAGAGGAUUCUGGGUUUAGCAAUGGAGCGAAAAGCCAUGAAGAGGACUACGAGAAUGAUGUGAUCAAGGAAGUGGUGGUGGUGGAGAUGAACAAUUUGGGGAUUAAUGGAGAUGCUGAGAAUUUGGAGAUAAAGAGUGUGAGGAUCCCUUUACCGUGGGAACUUUUAAGGCCGGUGGUGACAAUUUUAGGGCAUUGUUUGUUCGGUCCUUCAAAUUCCCAAGACGUAAAGGACGCCGCAUCCUUUGCCAUUAGGUGUUUAUAUGCGAGGGCGUCUCACGAUUUGGCGCCGCAAGCGAUCUUGGCAUUGCAGAGUCUGAUAAGGCUUGAUAAGAGUGCAAGAGCAGCAGCAACCAAUACAACUUCCAAUGCUAACACACCUCGCAAGGCGAAGAAACCAGAAAUCCUAUUGGUUUCCAAGUGAUCUCAUGGUUUUGCUUGUGCAGGUAAUGGAUGUGUGCAUAUUUAAGCUCAGGUAUCAUUCUGUAGUGUAAUUUACAAUAUGUGGAAAAUAAAUUUUACUACUAUUGGUUUAGUAUAAUUAUCAUCUUCGAAAUUGUAUCCAGUGAUUUUUGUCAUUUGUAAGGUCUCGAAUACGAUGCUUGUGGAUUGCUCUGAUUGCUUAAGAUGUGUGGGUUUGUUAUGAAU